UGUAAAGAGGGUUACCGUGGACUUCGUUGUGACCAGUUUGUCCCGAAGACAGACUCCAUCUUAUCUGACCCAACAGCAGAUGAGCUGGGAAUUGAGUUUAUGGAGAGUGCAGAAACCUAUCAGAGACAGAUAUUGUCCAUCUUCAGCAUAGCCAUGGGGAUCAGCCUGCUGGGAGUGGCUUGCAUGGCUCUUUACUGCAAAAACAAGAGACAAAGAGAGAAGCAUCGAGCCCAUCUGACCGAAAUUCGCAACUUGAGGGACAGUACCGUCAACGCCUCGGGUAUCAUGUCUAAAUCCAGCCUCAGACACGAGAGCACCCUCCAGCUUCAGAAGAGCAGAACAGCCCAUGGUUUCUCCUCUCCGCAGGCGGCCAGCAUCGUUCUCAGCAGCUCUAAAGUUUCCCUACCAAAUCAUAAUCGCAGUCUCUCGAUGGGGAAGCGCUGCAGAAGCUGCUCGUUCUCCUCAAGCCCUGCCCUAAAACACAAGGUAACCAAUUAUCGAGCCGUCUCAAAGUGGACCCCGCCAAUCUCUAGAGCAGGCCAUCAUCUCAGUGGAGGAUCUCGAGAUUCUCUUCACUCCUAUAAACAUCUCCAGGAAGUGGAGGUGAAUGAGGUGAUGCCACAAUCUUUGAGAAGAUGCCAGUCUCACUCAGACAGCAAUCAACAAAGCCGUUGCAACCUGAAUAUGCAAAUGAUGCUCUCCGCCCAUUCCAAAGGAAAGAUGGGCUACACUGACGUUCCGUGCACUCGUCUUGACCAGGGAACGACCUUUCCUCCCCCUUCUUUCCGAGCCCACUCCGUACCUAUUAUCCCCUCCGUUCAGGGACCUGAUUUUGGGGAGGGGGGCGGGAACAAGCUGCAUAAUGGGGGUAGGGGAUCUUCCAGCUACAACCUAAUCAAUCCUGAGUCUGAGGCGGAGUCAGUGGCAAAUUCCAGCCGCUCACUUGCCAGCUCCUCUGUGGCGGUGCAGGAUCCACAGACACUCACCUGCUCCGAGUCUGCACUGAUGUCAAGGGGCCAAAUCAAACACAAAAGCCUUGUUACCUACACAACAGCCUUGGGAUCAGGCACAAGCUCCAGAAGAGCAAAGACUGUCAUUUCUAUGACCGUACUGGGAUCAGGGGCAAAAACCACACAGUACGCCGCCAGCCUGCUGUCUAAGGCUUCCAGAGGACAGGAGGGCCGCUCUGCUUUCGGGGAAGGACAGCAGGAUGACGGUUUACAAACCCCGUUUGUGGGGGGUGAAAAAGACAGCUCUUUUUCUGACGGGGUUAGAGGUGUGGCCUGCCUCACAUAUCCCAAAAGCUGAUUGGAUAAACGCAAAGAUUGCUUUGGAAACUCCACGUCUGUGUGGAUGGGGCUGGAAUGUCCCCGCUAGUGCAAGACACUUACUUUUGGAACUAUUUUACUGCAUUGUGAAGUACAACUACUGACAACCCAAUUUAAAACUCUGACUUCCUGAUGACACAAUGUGAAUAGAUGCGAGAGAACGAAGACUUUGGUGGGAUGUUGAUCUAAAGAGGUAUUGGAGAGGAUUUAUAUGCCAAUAUUUAACAAAAAGCUUCAAUUUAGAAACCAAAUAGUGUGUCAUCUCAAUGUUGUUUCUCUACUGUAAAGAAAAAAAUAUAUAAUAGAUGUCAAAACUAUAUGUAUGUCAUAUAUUCCAUGUAUAUGACAUACCGAGUGACGAAAAUAAAGAUGCAAAACAUGGUAAUGCAGAACCUUUUUUUCCAAUAACUGCUGUUCUAUAAUCUCAGCCCAGCUCUGUAUUUUUGUCUGUUUUGCUUGAGGUCUUGAGAAGAAAAACGGUUUCUGAAUAAAAUCUGAA